CCCACCAUGAGGCUGGUGCUCCCGAACCCCGGGCUGGAGCAACGGAUACCAGAUUAUGGACAAGUGGAAAAACUGGAACAAGAGGAGCUCCAGGACAGGCCCAAGUGGGACAACAAGGCACAGUACAUCCUCACCUGUGUAGGGUUUUGUAUAGGAUUGGGAAAUGUAUGGCGCUUCCCCUACCUGUGUCAAAGCCAUGGAGGAGGUGCUUUCUUGAUCCCUUAUCUAAUCUUGCUGUUGCUGGAGGGAACGCCUCUGCUCCUUUUGGAGUUUGCUAUUGGUCAGCGUUUGAGGAAAGGCAGUGUGGGUGUGUGGCGUGCCAUUAACCCUUAUCUGACUGGUCUUGGUAUCUCCUCUAUGUUAGUGUCCUUCUUGAUUGGGCUGUACUACAAUACCAUAACAGCAUGGAUCUUGUGGUACUUAUUUAACUCAUUUCAAGAACCCCUUCCCUGGAACCACUGCCCCCUUAAUCAGAAUAAGACAGGUUAUGUAGCUGAAUGCCAAGAGAGCUCAACUGUUGAUUACUUCUUCUACAGAGUCACACUGAAUAGUUCUGCCUCAAUAGGUGACUCUGGAGGUAUUCACUGGCCAAUGGUUGUUAGCCUAUUAGCUGCUUGGACAAUCAUAUUUAUCUGCUGCAGUAGGGGGAUCAGCUCGGCAGGGAAGGCUGUGUACGUCACUGCGGUCCUACCUUACUUUGUUCUGGCCAUUUUUCUGAUCCGGGGACUGACACUUAAAGGUUCUCUAAAUGGGGUCAAGUUCCUCUUCACACCAGUCGUUGAGGAGUUAAUCAACCCAACCACCUGGCUGGAUGCUGGAGCUCAGGUGUUCUUCUCUUUUGGAUUAGCAUGGGGAGGGCUGAUUUCUUUCUCAAGCUACAACCCCCUUCACAACAAUUGCAAAAAUGAUGCCAUCAUUUUGUCAGUUGUUACUGCUGCAACAUCAGUCUAUGCAGCCAUGGUAACCUACACCAUCAUAGGAUUCAGAGCUACAGAAAAAUAUGAUCAAUGCAUCAGCGAUAACAUCAUGGCAUUACUGAAUGCUUUUGAUUUAGGUGAAAAUGACAUUACACCUGAUAAUUAUGAGGAAGCAUUUAAACAUUAUAAUAGCACAUCUCCAGACACAAUUAUGGCACUGGAUAUUGCCUCCUGUGAUAUGCAGACAUUUCUUAGUGAGGGAGUGGAGGGGCCUGGCCUUGCUUUCAUUGUCUUCACGGAGGCCAUUAUCAAUAUGCCUGCUUCUCCAGCUUGGUCCAUACUAUUUUUCAUCAUGCUACUCUGUUUGGGUCUCUCAACUCUCAUUGGUACCUUUGAGGGAGUGAUUGUUCCAUUAAAAGACCUACAUGUAUUCCCUAAAACCUGGCCCCAAGAAGUAGUAACUGGUAUAACAUUUCUUAUUGCUUUCACCAUUACCUUGCUGUUUGCCCAACACUCUGGGUUUUAUUGGGUAACUCUCUUUGAUAACUUUGCGGGAUCAGUUCCUCUUCUUUGCAUUGGCUUUUUUGAAAUCGUAAUAGUGGUUUACAUUUACGGUGUUGACAGGUUCAAUGAAGAUAUCAAGUUCAUGAUUGGUAAUAAACCUGGCUUAUUCUGGCAAGUCACAUGGAGGUUCAUUAGCCCACUCAUUAUAUUGGUCAUUUUAAUUUUCUAUCUGAUAACCCAAGCACAAGAGGAACUGACCUAUUUAGUGUGGGACCCCAGUUCUGAGACUUUCCCUUCUCUGACACCAGUCCCUUAUCCAGAAUGGAUUUAUGCUGUGAUCUUUCUAUUGGCUGGAGUCCCCAGUUUGGCACUGCCCUUUUAUGCUUUGUGCAGGAUGAUCUACAUCAGAUGCAAAAAAAAAUAA